AUGUCCAUGCUGCCCACUUUUGGCUUCACCCAGGAGCAAGUGGCCUGCGUGUGUGAGGUGCUCCAGCAAGGGGGUAACAUCGAGAGGCUGGGCCGCUUCCUCUGGUCGCUGCCGGCUUGCGAGCACCUCCACAAGAACGAGAGCGUCCUGAAGGCCAAGGCCGUGGUGGCUUUCCACCGAGGCAACUUCCGCGAGCUCUACAAGAUCCUGGAGAGCCACCAGUUCUCGGCGCACAACCACCCCAAGCUGCAGCAGCUCUGGCUCAAGGCGCACUACAUCGAGGCCGAGAAGCUGCGGGGGCGACCCCUAGGGGCAGUCGGCAAGUACCGGGUCCGCCGCAAGUUCCCCUUGCCCCGCUCGAUCUGGGAUGGCGAGGAGACCAGCUACUGCUUCAAGGAGAAGAGCCGGAGCGUCCUGCGGGAAUGGUACGCCCACAACCCUUAUCCGUCCCCCAGGGAGAAGCGGGAACUGGCCGAGGCCACCGGGCUCACCACCACCCAAGUCAGCAACUGGUUCAAAAACCGGAGGCAGCGGGACCGGGCGGCGGAGGCCAAAGAAAGGGAAAACAAUGAAAAUUCCAGUUCCAAUGGCCACAAUCCGCUUUCCUCCUCUCUCAACGGCAAUAAGACAGUUUUGGGCAGCUCCGAAGAUGAGAAAACACCUUCCGGCACCCCGGAUCAUUCCUCCUCCAGCCCUACCUUACUUCUCAAUUCAAACCCAGGCUUACAGCCUCUCCACAGCUUGGGCCAUCCUCAGGGUCCUAGUGCCAUUCCAGUUCCCAGCGCGGACCCUCUGCACCAUCACAGUUUGCAAGACUCCAUCCUCAACUCCAUGUCUUCAAAUCUGGUCGAUCUCGGCUCUUAAAAAUAUUUGCUGAACCUACCAUGCUCUCUGAACCCAGCCUCUCUCCUUCUGGGUUGUCCUCCUCUUCUUCUUUUAGUCCCUCCCGCCCCACCCCCCACUUAAUUCCUCUGCUCCACAAACCAAGGAUCUGAAACCAUGGAAGGAUCUAUAAAAUAGAUCCAUUAUUUCCCUUUGGAUCAAUUGCCGAGCAGCUGACUGUUACCUUAUCUGGAGCAUAGCGUAAAUUCAGAAACAUUGUAAGCUGCCCAGUGACUUAAAUCUUAAGAGGAUGUGGAGAAACUCACUGCAGAAAAGUGGAGGACGAACAUUACUGUAGGAUGGAGGGAGGGAGGGGGUGGCGGUUGGUGUAAAAGCUGUUCUUUUGACAGAGUGUACGGGGCGGGGGGGGGACACCCGACCCACAGUUGGAUUUCAACUUCUUAACAUGCCUCUGUAAAUGUGCCUCAACCUGAUCUGCAGGGAUCAAUUCAUGAAGCUGCUGAGAACUGAAGAGCUGAAGCCAAAGCUCCAUCAAUUUCAGCAGGAUAUUGGGAAGCAAUACUUCUCCCCUGUGGUUGCUCCCACCACCAACUGGCACCCCAUGGUAUCCUCCUCCUAAAUCUGGAGGCUUUAGUUACUGGGCAACAGUGAUAAAUUUUAUCUGCCGUGAAUUUGUCAAACCUUAAACCCAUUUUUAUUUUUUCUUGCUUGCGGCAGCAAUCACUUGCCCAUGUAAUUGCAGAAAUGCUCUUUCGACUCUUGUCCAAGGCAGACCUGGCUC